AUGGCUCCGGGUGUCAGUGGAAAGAGGAAACGAGGUGAUAGAUCGUGGUCCGGCGACUCGUCCAACGAUAGCCAGCGACCUUCUCCUCAUCGUCCAGGAAAUCUAACUAUGGCGCAACAUAAUCACGGCUCGCAACACUCGCAGUCUCGCGAUCAUUCAGAUACCCGCGGAAGGGGGCGAAGGCAAUCCAGCCGAGGAGGCAGGAAUAAUCCUGGUCGCAGAGCCAGCGGCGAUAGCCAAAAUCCCGUUGGCGGUCGCAGGGACGCCGCCAUGUCCCCUCCCACUACUACUAUUACCCCGGCGAGCAAUGCCGCGGAACAAAACCAGACCAACGGUGUGUCGCCGGCGGUCAAUCAGUCGACGCAGCCCCCCUCCCCUGCGCCCACUCCGUCCCAAUCUCAGUCUCAGAUGCCAACGCCGGUCCCCUCGCAAUCUCUCGUGUCUCCCAUCACCCCUAUCCACCACCCUCCCACGCCGCCGCCGCAGCCGUACGUUUUUGAAUAUGUCACCGACUCCAACAUCGAGCAUUGGGUUUCGACUGGCGAGCGGAAGUUUGUGGACGAUGGAGUACAAGCGAGGAAAGAGCAGGAUAUCCCGAAGCUGGCUUUGAUCUACCAGGAGCUUAUUAGAAGUGCUUUCUACGGACGCGUGACACCAACAGAAGCCGGUGCAGCUGUCCGGGAUAUCGUCGAGAAGGAUGCCGCUGCUGAAGAAGAGGCCAACAUGGAGGGGGAUGAUCAAAUAGAGGCGAUUUUCGACCCCCCCUCCCUCUUUCUGGACACUCUAUCCAUCAUGACGGAUUCCGAUACAUCGAACCCUGCUCUGAAGCCAUUGGUCUUCUCUACCGGCAUCAGCGCCGCUCUUAUGCGUCUCCAGCUCGACACCCCCCUUCUCCAGACUCUCGGUCUCGUUCGCGAAACGUUUACCCGCAUGGGUAUCCGUAAACAGACCAACCUCCUCUACCGACAGUCUAAUUACAAUCUCCUGCGCGAAGAAUCGGAGGGGUAUUCGAAACUCCUUACAGAACUUUUCACGACCAGCAAUAAUGAGCCUCCAUCUAGUGAGGUCGUGGAGGAUACUUUUGAAAGAGUCAAGGCCAUGGUCGGCGCGUUCGAUAUGGAUGUGGGACGUGUCCUUGAUGUGACUCUAGAUGUAUUUGCGGCUGUACUUGUGAAGCAGUACCGCUUUUUCGUCAAGCUGCUCCGGGCCAGUUCAUGGUGGCCCAAGGAUAAUGCCUUUGGUACUAGUGAAGCCAACCGUGACUCGGGGCUCCCGAACUGGGCCUUACCGGGCUCCUCAGGAUGGGCAACGACGGAAGAGGAACGGGCAGAGGCAGUUCAGCUCAAUGAACAGCGGGACCAGGCGUUCUGGGCGAGAGUGAGAGAGAUCGGAAUUCGCGCUUUCUUCGAAAUCGGCCGCCGACCAGUCUCCGAAGAGGAACUCCGAAAAAUACUUCCGGAAUCAAACAGUCUUUCAGAGGAGGAAAUUGAUACGCGCAAAUGGAUCGAGGUGACGGGAACAUCGCCGCCUCAAGGAAGCCGGGUCGCGGCCCAGUUGCUCGGAUUCAAACUCCGCUUUUACUCGUCCAGGGCGCGCUCUAAGGUGGACGUUCUCCCCGACAAUCUCAUCUAUCUGGCAGCAUUGUUGAUCAAGGUUGGCUUCAUCUCGUUGCGCGACUUGUACCCCCACCUGUGGAGACCCGAUGACUCCAUGGACGUCCUAAAAGAAGAAAAGCUAAAAGAGAAGGCGGACCGCGAAAGAGCAGCAAGACCGGGCGGCGGUGUUAAUGCUCUGAUGAUGGCCGGUGCACUUUCGGACGACACGCUAUCGACUCCGCGUUUGCGAGAAUCCGAGACACCAGCAGGGACCCCCGGCAAGGACCAAGAUGCCGACAAAUCCGCUGCUAAGGGAGAAGAAAAUGAUCUUCCGGAGCCAUCCGAUCAGAAGGUGCUGCUUCUGAAGAGCUUACUCACCAUUGGAGCGCUACCCGAGUCACUUUUCAUUCUCAGCAAAUUCCCCUGGCUUAUGGAUGUUUACCCCGAACUACCCGAAUACAUCCACCGAAUCCUUCACCAAUGCUUGAGCAAGGUCUACACCGCUUCGUGCCCGUCGCCGCUCCCAGAUGAGACCAGGGAACCUAAGCAAAUACCAGGUCAAGAACAAGGUGGAGGCGCGAAAGGCCACAUUCGAUUGAUUCAGGCCCCUCCGAGACGGGUACUGCGAUGGGCCCAGCUGGAUAAAGAAGAUACGAACGACGGAACGGACUACCGAUUUUAUUGGGAUGAUUGGGCAGACAAUAUCCCUAUCUGCCAUUCGGUCGACGACGUUUUUGCGCUAUGCUCAUCCUUCCUCAAUUUGUCCGGACACAAGGUUGGACAUGACCCGACCUUGCUCACGAAGCUGGCCCGGAUUGGCAAACACAGCAUGACUCAGGACGAUUCGGCAGAAAACGCAUCUCGCUGGCGAGAUUUGUGCAAGCGCCUCUUGCUUCCCGCGAUCAGUUUGACGAAAGCCAACCCCGGCGUGGUCAACGAGGUCUUCGAUCUUAUCAGUUUCUUCCCUAGGGAUACGCGGUACAAUAUGUAUGCGGAGUGGUAUUCGGGCCAAACAUCUCGGCUACCAGACAUCAAGGCAGCCGUUGAUCAGGCAAAAGCAGAAACCAAAGAUGUCUUGAAGAGGCUCAGCAAGACGAAUAUUCGGUCCAUGGCUCGUGCCCUGGCCAAGAUUGCAUGUGCCAAUCCUGCAAUAGUCAUCCACACUGCUAUCAGCCAGAUCGAAUCUUAUGAGAACCUGAUCGUCGUCGUCGUGGAGUGCGCGCGUUACUUUACCAAUCUCGGAUAUGAUGUCUUGUCAUGGGCUCUAAUUAGCUCCCUUGGCUCCAAAGGACGGAACCGACUGCAAGAGAGUGGAUUGUCAACAAGCCGAUGGCUCAAUGCUCUGGCCAAUUUUGCGGGGAAAAUAUUCAGACGUUAUUCGAUGAUGGAUCCCACCCCCUUGUUACAAUACGUUGUGGAGCAACUUCGACACAACAACUCCACCGACUUGAUCGUGUUGGAGCAAUUGAUCGUCUCCAUGGCAGGUAUUGUUUCGGACACCAGCUUUAACGAUGCACAGAUUCAGGCCAUGGCGGGUGGUGAAAUCCUCCAGAGCCUGACCAUUCAGCUGUUGUUGGAUACGCGCCACGAUUCCCAUCUCACCGCAAGGCGUCUGAUCAAAUCUCUUACCGUUUCCAAACUUGCCGGCCAGCUGCUUAUUGCAAUCGCGCAGGAGCGCUGGACGUGCGUCUUCCGGGAGACCGAAGGCGACGCGGAGCUGAAGUUGUUGGGCAACAUUUUUGAUGAAAUCCAUCGUGUUUUUACCCAAUAUCUGGACCUUCUUCGAAGUAACCUGACAGUCGAGGAGUUUGAUUCCUUCGUACCCGACCUCGCCUCUCUCAUCAGUGACUACGGCGUGCAGCCCGAAAUCGCCUUCUGGAUUCGCCGACCAAGCAUCGCUCGCAAGAUAGCGGACACCGAGAAGCUUACGCAGGAUGAUGACAUGGACAUCCCCAAGGAGAGCAGUCAAGAGAAGUCUCCUUCCAAGGGCGAGACCGAUAAGAUGGAUACUGCCGAUGAAGGAGAAGCGGAGCCCGCUCAAUUGAGCGAGAAUUCAAUGGAGGUUGAUAAGGAAGAGGUGGAAAAGACGGACAAUGACGACACGGUUGUUCCGGUUGAACAGGGCCCGGUGGUCGCUGAACCUCCCCCACUGAACCCCGUCAUGCAGGACCUUCAGGAUCAGGUUAAGUCGGCUCUGCCUUCUGAGGCCUGGGAAACCAUUGGCCUUUCCUUCUACACGACGUUCUGGCAACUGUCUCUGUACGAUGUGCACAUCCCGCAGAAAGCAUAUGAGGACGAGAUCGAACGACAGAAAAAGAAAGUCAUCUUGAUAAGCAGCGACCGCACGGACAUCAGCGUCAGCGGCACCCUAAAGAAGGAGGCCGCCAAGAAAACACAUACCCAACUCCAAGAGCAGAUACUGGAGGAGAACAAGGGUCACCUGAAGUCAUACGGCCGGACAAGGGCAAAAUUGCAGAAGGAGAAAGACCUUUGGUUUGCGCACCUAAAAAAGUUGAUCCAGCAGAUGGGAGCGAAGGAGGCAUACAACGCCCUGCACGUGUCUCUUCUCGAGCAGUGCUUCUUGCCGCGCAUGCUUAUCUCCUCGCUCGAUGCAUUCUACAGCUUCAAGGUGUUGAAGUUCCUUCAUUCUUCUGGGACUCCUAACUUCCGCACAAUGGGCAUCUUGGACCAGCUUUUCAGUGAACCGAGGCUGAAUACUCUGAUUUUCUUGUGUACUUCAAGGGAAGCCGACAACCUUGGUCGUUUCCUCAACGAAGUUCUACGUGACCUUAGCCGAUGGCAUGCUGACCGAUCUGUGUAUGAGAAGGAGGCCUUCGGAACCAAGAAGGAUCUUCCCGGAUUCGCUAAGCAAGUUAAUUCCGAGGGUACAAUCACCGACUUUCUGGAUUAUGAAGAUUUCCGUCGACUUAUGUACAAGUGGCACCGCUACCUGGCCAUGACCUUCAAGGCUUGUUUCAAUGGCGGCGAGUAUAUGCACAUUCGCAAUGGUAUCAGUGUGCUCAAGGCGAUUGUGCAACACUUCCCGGCCGUGAAUUGGAUUGGCCGUGACAUGCUGAACAUCGUGACGAACCUUAGUCAAACCGAUGACCGAGACGACGUGAAGAUUCCGGCUGCUUCCUUGAUCGGUGAUCUCAACCGUCGCGAGAAGAAGUGGAUGCUUCCGCAAGCCUUCCAUAUGUCAUCGGCACCCCAGGCAAAGGGUAAUGUGCCAAAGACCGACGGCAGGCCCGGGACGUCACGACCACAGUCCACAACUCCUACAUUGAACGCUUCGGCGGUCGAAUUUAAACCCCCGACCAACGAAUCCCAAACCGAAGCACCCACCGCUGCUGAAGUAGAAGAUGGCGAGAUUGAGGAUGCGAAGAUGACCGAUGCUGCAGCGUCGAGGGACACUCAGAAGGCAGAUGACUCGACACUGAAACAGACGGAACAGACCGGUACUACCCCAAGUCAGGCUGACUCCACUGCAGCAGCCCCGUCGAGUGGCGAAGGACAAACGUCAGCGAUCCAGGAAGGUGCUACCACCGCAGAGAAAUCUGCUGCCUCGAGUUUGACAACGGAUAAUCGUAGCGAUACAGGACCCGCGUCACGCCCGCGUGCUCCGUCAGCUGAUUCUCGGGGAACUUCCAGAGGCCUUGAUCACAACAGACCCGCGAGCAUCCCCAAACGUCCUGAUGUGGAUCGCAUAUCCUCCACCAACCAGGCCGUGCGUUCACAAACACAUACGCCGUCUCGCCCCUACAGAGAGGAGACCAGGUUGCCGCCACGUCCUGAUCUCUUGGAUGACCGACGCGAUAGAAAUGCGGAGUUCCGGGGUGGUAGGUUUGGUAAUGAUCAUGACUACAAUCGUUCAUUCGAUCAGUCUCCGGGCGACGGCAGAAAUUAUGGUCGUCUGGAGCGGGAGUAUCCUCGGGGGCCUAUGGAGGAGCCGUUCCGUGCGCAUCCCUACCGAGAAGGCCGUCCUCCCCUCGACGGGGACUGGCAUGAUCGUUCAGGGCGUCUACGUACCUCCGAUGCACGAUCUGGUCCGCCUACGCAUCCUGAUCGUGUUGAUAUGAUACACGAACAUGGUGAUCAGGGCUAUCGACGCGGGGAUCCGCCACGGCCGGAAAGAGAUGACCGACGACCAUUGCCGCCGGCCAGAACAUCGCCUCAACGGGUCGAACUUCCCAACCGCCCUGAGCGUUUCCCCACCGAUGACCGCCGAUCACUCAACUACCCCCCGGGUCAGUCCCGGCUCGAGGAAUUGCCUACCGGACCGCGCAGUGACCGACAUGGACGGGCUCCUUUGGACGGCACCGAUUCACGAGAUCCUGGUGUCGGCCCUGACCUCAACCAUGGACGACUUCGCCAACCCGAUGCGCCUGCAGACAUUCCCUUGGGACCUCGGGGAAGGAAUACGCCUGGUCGUGGUGGACGAAACGCGUCAAACAUGCCCCAUGCCCCUGCUUCAAGUGGUCCGCCAGCCGAACGUCAACCGCCCACCGGCCCCGGUCGACAAGGGAUGCGUGGUGCCCCCGACCCGAACCCCACGGGAGGGCCAUCGGCCGCUGCCGAGAAGCUCGAGGCUACCGGAAUGCACCCGGAUCGACUCAAAGCUUUCCAACAGCAGGAUGGCAGUGGUGGUGGUGGUGGUGGUGGUGCUUACAGCGGGCCUCCGCGCCCCCCGCAAUCCCAACCGCCGGUUGCCCCUCCCUCUGGUCCUCGUAGCGCACUUGGACCUCCCUCUGGGCCGUCAUCCCUUCCUCGUGGACCGGCUCCUGGGGCAGGAUUCGGUGGAGAGAGAGGAAGAGGCGACAAACGAUUUGCCGGCAUCAACAACAUGCUGCAACAGUCUGGCGGCCCACCGGACCGUGGAGGCUCCGGACCCCCGAUCCGUGGCCGAGGCGCCAAUCGACAAGCAAACGCAUCGCCUCAGACCAGCCGACAACUUACUCCUGUGGGUGCAGCCGACGAUGGCGGACGAUCUGGUUCGUUCCAAAACAAGCCCGAUCUUUUAGCCAAUCGACCCUCUACCACGCACGCCGACGACGACAGCUCCCAUCGCAGCCGACGGGGUGAGGCUACCGAAGAAGGGUCAGAAUCUCGGCGAUCUGCACGCUAUUCUACUGGCGGUAGUGGCGGCCAUUCCCACGAUCGAGGAGACCGCGAAAGAGAAAGGGAUCGCCGGGGAGGUGACGAAGAGGGAACCCGCAGUAGUAGUCGCCGGGAAGAAUACAGGGACCGAAAUCGGGACUACGAGCGCGAACGCAGUCGCCGAGGUGACACUACCGGAGCGGGUGGUUCUCGCGAAGAACGAUACGAAUCGCGAGAGGUUGCACGGCGAGGUGCUGGUUCGCGCGAGGAUAACCGACGUCGACGAGACCGGGAUGAUGGAGCCGCCGACUCUGCCCAGGGCAGCCAGGAGCAUGAAGGACGUCUUCGGCCUCCGUCGUUUGGUGGACAAACCGCUCCAGCCUCUGGCCCAAAUGCGGAAGAAGACCGCCGAUGGAGCGGACGUGAUCGAAGCAGCCGUGAUCGUCCGCGAGACCGUGACUAUCAUCGCGAGGGUGGUAGCGGAGGGGGAGGAGGACCUCAUCGCAAGCGUGGACGGCCUGGCGGUGACGAAGGCAAUCACGGCGAUGGAGGUGGCCGGGGAGGCAUGCGAACAGGAGGUGAAACAAAACGACCCCGCCGUGGUGCUUGA